AUGAACAUGAUGCGCUUGGAGCAUGGUUACAAGAUUUGGGGCCGAGAACUCACUCUUGAUACGAAUCCCUUCGAAUGUGGAUUGGGAGCUCUGGUUGACUUCUCUAAAGAAGACUUCAUUGGAAAAGCAGCUGCUCUGGAGUUGAGUAAGCAGAAAUUCGAUCGUAGACUGGCGUUGCUCACAUUUGAUCCUGCCGACAAUGCUCAAGUGCCUCUUGAAUGGAAGAGUCUUCCAUUCGGAAUGGAAGUAGUUCGUCGAGAAGGUCAUGAAGAGCGCAUUGGUCAAAUUACCUCUGGUUCAUACAGUGUUCGUCUCCGACGUCCAAUAGCUUUCGCAUGGAUUGAUAGCGACAUUCAACCGAAUGAGAGGGAUUUCAAUGCCACAUUCAAGAUGAAAUUCCCUAAAUGGCAACCCUAUGAACCUCGCAAACGGCGCACAGUGAAGAGGACGAUCAGAGAAACAGUCAAGGAAUUGGUCUUUGAUAACCCUCUGGAUUACCUUCACUACAUCAUGAAAAUCAAAGGAUUACCAUCCUCAACAUUUUUGAACGGAGAGGUGUUUUACCUCUUCCCAUGGUUGCUGGGACUGUUUCAAAAUCACGAGAGUCUUCACCAGUUCGUAAUUCAUUGA